UCUUCGUAAGAUAUUACGAAAUGACUUAAUUCUUAAGUUUUGAAAACGCGACAUGAUUUUGCAUUACACAAGUUUAUGACCAUCAGCGGGCGAGUUGGUGAAGCAAAGUCAACUCACUGGAAACUCGGUUGAACUCGGUGUGUGUAGAAAUGGCGAAACUUGAAGCCAAGCUAGGGAUGAUCUUGGACUCGGUGGGUCAGUUCUUCUCCGGCAAGGACCAUCUUCCUUAUUGUGACUCUGACGUCGUAGCUGGAUGUGAAAGAGAGGUCUUGGAGGCAGAAAAACAAUCAUCUCAAGAGUAUAUGCAAGACUGUCUCCUGCGUUUAUCAUGGGCUCUUGUUCACUCCAAACACCCACAAGAUGUGCACCGUGGGAUAGCCAUGCUUGAAUCAUCUUUGCCUGCUACAGAGGACCCACUGCAGCAAAGGGAGAAGCUUUAUCUUCUGGCUGUUGGAUACUAUAGAAAUGCUGAUUAUUCAAGGAGUAGGGAUCUCGUCGACAGGUGCCUCGCGAUUGCACCCGACUGGAGGCAGGCAGUGACACUCAAGACAACAAUCGAGGAUAAGAUCACCAAAGAUGGUGUCAUUGGCCUAGGCAUUGCUGCAACUGCUGUAGGACUUAUAGCAGGUGGGAUUGCAGCAGCUGUGUCUAGAAAAAAGUGACAAAAUCCUUUCUAUCAAACACACAUGAUCUGAUAUGUAAGAGGCAAACAUCUAUAUUACUGUGAUUUUGCUGCAUCUUACUGCUUUUAUGAAAAGGAGGGCGUGAACAAUAAUGUGUACAAAGCGGUGGAGAUGAUGUCUAAGUACUAGAUGUCUAGAUGAGAGAUGAUGUAUUGUGUGUCUUCAUGUUUAAAAAAAAAAUAUACCCCUGUAUUUUUGUCAUUUCUAUAAUUUAUUUCCUUUUAUGUUUUUAUCUCUAUCAA